GUCGAAGGAAACGACGCGCACUGACCCGUCAAAGGCGGUCCGGCGAAGAGACGGCCAUCGUGUUCGAUUGCCAUGAUUGCGCCGGCCAAUGCGCGAUGGAUUGAUGCUGAGCUAAAGCCUCGCUUCGCCCCUGGGCCUGAGAUCUGCGUGCACACCAGGCGAUACUAUACACGGUCCGUGAUAGUAUAAACACACGGUUUCAAGUUUCCUCGUCUCUCCGACUCGCGUCGGUUCUCCACUCCUUUCAUUCUGCUGUGCUGAGGUCACCUUCCGAUGAGCUUCAUUAACGUCGACGAUGGCGACCUUCGUAUCCAGUACUCCGGCAACUGGCAGACGAUGGUGUUUGACGCGGCCUACAAUAGCACCCUGCACUACACAACGGAGGAAGGUGCCACAGCUACGUUGGUAUUCACAGGAACCCAGGCUGGACUUAUAGGCUGCGGGGGGCUCACGGACAAAUGGGGAUGGCCGUCGGAGUCGUACGUCGUCGACGGGAAGACCUUGGAAAUCCAAAGGGACUUGACGGCGGACCCAACAACCAUGUUCUUCAAUGUCCAGCUCUUUGAUUCGCUCGCACUUGACCCUGGGGAACACACACUCGUAGUCACAAACCUAAACGGGACGUCGCCCAACACGUUCUUUCUGGACAACUUCUGGUUCGUUCCGUUGGAUAACGGUAGCAAUGGGGGUGCAAGUGCCAGUCCAAGUGCAAGUGCCAGUGCCAGUGCAAGUGUACAAUCCUCUGACUCUUCGCUAACGACGCCGCAUCAUACUCCUACAUCAGUUCCAGCCACUUCCGCAAGUGCCAGUGCGCAGUCCUCCAACUCGGGAACGAUUUCGUCAACUUCCUCAACGAGCUCUUCAAGCUCGGGGGCGACGCUGUCCCUUACUUCCACAUCGUCCCCAGCCGCGUCGACAAGUGCAUCCGCCGCAAUUGUGGGUUCCACCUCUAGCCGUCCGCAAAACCUCGCAGCCAUCGUGGGCGGGGCGGUAGGCGGGGCGGUAGCAGCUUUGCUCCUGGUGGCGCUGGCCCUCUACUACCUCAUCAGUCGCAGGUUAUCUCGGGCUUCGCGGGAGCAUCCUGAAGCCGGGACCAAAGAAGGCACCUUCACGACGCUGAGCCCUGGAGGACACGUUCCUAGUUUGUCGAUGCGCGAAGCACCAGCCUCCAGUCUCGCUUCUGAACCCUUGCUCGCCUCUCGAGAGGGAUAUACGGGCUCCCCAUCCGAUUCUGUUGGCGCGUCGUCACCACCUUUAACUCCAGGGCACGAAUACGCCCUGUCGCCCAGUCCUCUCCUCACAUCGGGGACCGUCUCAUCAGCGCCGUACGGGUCUUCUGGUGUGGUCUCGAAUGCCCAGCCCACGUCUUUCCCGUCGGGUUAUCGGGAUGCUGUCGCUGGUGCAACGGACGACCGAUCGGUUCUGUCGGACAAGCUGGACUCCGACGCCUCCCCUCCUCCGUAUUCCCAGUAGCUGAUUUACCGGUGCACUUGAUGCCGACUGUAGGAUUUGUGGUAGACCUAUACUAGUGGGAAUAUGUCGACGCCAAACCACCACCAAAUUCCGCGAGACUCGGACAGAGACCGAUGAGGUUUGUAGUCUGACACGCAAAGAACAGUACCACGCGCGAUGACCAAUCGCGGGCGAUCCGGCGAAGAGGCGGCCAUCGUGCAAAUCCAGACCGAGGACUUGCCUGCAAUAAUACCGUGGCCGUGAUCGCGCCGCGCCGGCCCAUGUGCGAUUUAUUGAUGCGAGGGCCUGCGAGGGCUCAUUUUAAAACAUUGGCUGCGACGUACGCGCAUUGAGCAGUGCGGUAUAUAAACACGCGGUAUGUGCAAACUGCCCUCGGC